AUGCGUUUCACAACCAUCGUUACGGUCUCGUCCUUUGCCCUCAUGGGCAGCGCCGCCCCGGCCAAAGCCCCGGCUACGUCCUCGUCGGCCAGGCUGCCCCUCCCAAGCGGCGCGCCCAAGCUAGACAGCCUGAACAAAUCUGUUGCUCCAUCCGGCGUUGCCAAGGUGCCUACUGCUUCUGGUCUGCCUUCUCUCGAGUUCUCGGCCGACAAGCCCGGCGGUCCCCUAAGGGUCCGCCAGACGGACGACUUGUUCGACGGCAUUCUCGGCUACGGCAGGGGCGCACUGCAGAAGGAGAAGUCAAAGGACGACAAGAAAGAGGAGAAGAAGGAGGAUGACAAGAAGAAGGAGGACGGUAAGAAGGAAGACGGUAAGAAGGAGGAUAGUAAGAAGAAGGAGGACGAUAAGGAGGAGGAGAAGCCCAAGGAAAACAACGAGGGUGACGAUGAUGACGAUGACGACGAAAAGUCACCCCAGGGCGGCGAAUCCGGUGAGGGCGAUGAAUCCCAGGAAGGUGGAGAGCCUCAGGAGGGAGGUGCAGGCGGCGAGUCUAACGCCGGUGGUGAGGCUCCUCAGGGCGGCGAGGCUCCUCAGGGCGGUGAGACUCCUUCUGGAGGCGAGGCUACCCAUGAGGGUGGAGAGGCCCCUCAGGAGGGAGGCGAGACCCACGAGGGUGCUCAGACUCCCUCUGGCGGUAGCCAAACUCCUUCUAAUGGCGAGGCCGCUCAGCAGGGCGGUGAGUCCCAAGAUCACGGUUCCCAGUACAAGCGUCAAGCUGAGGAGUCUUCCAACGGCCACGAGGGCGGCCACAAGGGUGACCACGGCUUCAAGUACAAGAUUCUCGAAGACAAACGCCAGGCUCAGGAAUCCUCCGAGGGCGGUGAGCACAAGGGCAAGGGCAACGACCACGGCUUCAAGUAUAAGAUCCUCGAAGACAAGCGCCAGGCUCAAGAAUCCUCUGAGGGUGGCGAGCACGAGGGCGGCGAGCACAAGGGAAAGGGUGGCGAGCACGGUUUCGACUACAAGAUCUUCGACAAGCGCCAGACUCGUGAGUCUUCCAAGGGCGGCAAGCAUGGCAACGGCUUCGACUACAAGAUUUUGAACGACAAGCGCCAGCUUGAAGGUCUCAACGGCAUUAUUGCGCCCAAGAAAGAGGAACCCAAGAAGGAGGAGCCCAAGCAAGAGGACUCCGCUCAAGAUAACAGCACUCAAGAGGGCCAGUCAGAGGAUGACGAUGACGAGAGUGACUCUCAAAAGAAGCGCCAGGUUGACCAACUUACAGUCAACUUUUGCUCUGAGACAAGCGGCAACGCUAAUUGCGAGAAGCUUUGCAGUCUUGCCCAGGCUGAAGGUACUUGCGAGAAGAACACGAAGACCAAGAAGUGGGCCUGUGAGUGCAAGGGUGGAAUGAGCGAGGAGUCAGGCGACGACGAUAACAACAACAACCAGGACAACGAUGACGAGUAA